UUCAUCUAGAGCCAUGAAGGAGGACUUCCUGGAUGAGAUAAGAUUGAUCAACGAAAUCGGUAGUCAUGACAAUAUUCUUCGUGUUUUGGGUUGCUGUACAUUGGAAGAGCCUUACUAUUUGAUAACUGAGUAUAUGGAAUAUGGUGAUCUUCUACACUUUCUUCAGAAAUGUCAGCCAAAAUUUGCUCUGGAAGACCCGAUUUAUGAUCUACAGGAAGAAAACAGACUACAAAUUGCAAGGCAGAUUACACGGGGCAUGGAUUACUUGUCUAAAACAAGAUAUUACCAUGGUGAUUUGGCAGCAAGAAACAUCUUGGUAGGAACAGGAUUAAUAGUGAAGGUAUCAGACUUUGGAUUGGCUGAUGAUAUCUACCAGAGUGGGUACAAACGUCUCGCCCCAGAGAAGAAACGUCCAGUAAAAUGGGUCAGCCUAGAAACCAACAUGGAGGGAAAAUGUACAAUUAAAAGCGAUGUGUAAGUAGAAACAUCAAUUCACAAAGGGACAGUCCUAUGCAGUGUCAGUUUAAUUGUUGGCUUACUUAUUCCUAUUAAUGUAAUAAUAAUGAUAAUAAUAAUUGUUGUUGUUUUUGUUUUUAUUAUUAUUAUAGUUAUUAUCGUUAUUAUUAUUAUUAUUAUUAUUACUGUCAUUAAUGUUGUUCUUAUAAAUUAUAUUAUUAUUAUUAUUAUUAAAGUAAGUAGAUUAGCAUUAUAUGUUUUGUGUAUCGUAUCCUGUACACUUAAGAUACUUAAGAAACAGAUAAAUAACACAAAUAAAUAAUCAAAGACAAAGAUAGAAAUAUAUAAAAAUGAGAAUUACUCUUUUAAAAAGCAGUCUUAUUGAUAUGCUAUCCCUAAUGCAUUUUAUAUUGAAAGAAAGCCAGACAUAUUAUAUAUACCCUUAGCCAGACCAGGUUUACCGUUACAGCUUCAUUCAGAAAACAAGAUACCGUUACAGCUUAAAUUUACUGAUACACCUUGUAGUAUGACUGGUAACUGUUCAGUUUAUCAAUUGUUUAUACACAAGCUGUAUAUAUACAAUUUCAAAAUACUGUACAAGGGAAAUGCACUUUGGCUACGGUCACACUAGAGUCUCACACCUAGCUCGACUCACCGCGGGUGAGAUUUUUGUAAUGUGAUCGCACCUGGAUCGACUCGCGCCUGGCGUGACCUCGAUCUCAAUCUACCUAUCUCGAUCCCGGCUG